CACGAGGCUCAGAAGACUCGGCAGCAAGCGUCGCAGCAGCUACUAUGCGCUCGGCAGGGCUACUACACGGUGCAAGACCACGGCGAGUACCGGCGAGCCGGCCACUGCAGCGCUCGCCCGGCUUCUCGACCCUCGCCCCUCCUCGACCGUCCCUCGUCCGACCGAGAGCCGCCCUGUCGCCGUCCCUCCUCCUCGUCCACAUUGGCACCAUCAGCUUCGCCACCUGCUUCAUCCCCGUCAUCGGCGCGCGAGCAGCCACCAGCCGGGCGACCGCCGAGGCCGAGCAGGCCGCCCAGGACAACCGCGGCACCCUCAGCCUCGCUCAGCCGCUGCAGCGACCCAACCCGCCCAACCUGCAGCUGUUCCGCCUCGCCGCACAGCUCCGCCGACAGAUCCCGGCCUCGCCGCAGGACGCCGCCUUCACGCUCCGGCAGCUCCACCUCGUCAACCAGGAGCCAAAGCUCUUCCUCCCCGAUCCACCCUCGCCCUCAUCCUCCUCGUCCCCACCCACCCCUCUCAUCUUUCCCGAGACCUGGGUGUGGAGGCUACCCGCUGCCGCCGCCCUGCAUGCCAUCCUGCGCCUUCUCGCCACCCCGACACCCUCACCCGCCGCCGACGCGCUCCUCCCCGUCGCCAUCCGCAUCACGCGGCACGCGCUCCAGUUCGACACGGUCAUGUGGGGCGCGGUGCUUCGCUCGCGAGACGAGCGCGCUGCCGAGAGGUGGGACGAGCGCGUCGAGCGGGACCGCGCCACGGCCGAGGUCGAGGGCGGGACGCCGCCGACGGCGUCGAUGCCGCGAGUCGCGCUCGCCAAGCGGCCGCGCGAGCGCACCGCGUCGCCGAGCGUCGAGGCGUGGAGCAGGGACGGCGCAACCUUGCCCUCCGAGUCGCUCGGCGCCGUCGCGGCAGGCGAGCCCGCCGCGACGUCCCUGCGACCUCCCGCAUCCCUCCCCGCCCGUUCCCUCGACCGCCUCUUCCUUCACAUCGCCCGCGACCGCACCCACGCCUCGACUGCGCUCUCGAUCUCGCUCGCCCUCUCCCGCCUGCGCCGUCGCCGCACGCCCGAGGCCCUUUCGCGCUCGAUCGACCUCGCCCUGCACGCCAAGCAGCUCGACGUCGCCGCCCAGUUCUGCGCCGACUGGCUCGCCAAACUCGACGACCCGACCAAGUCGCCGACGUCGCUCGUGCGCGCCGUCCGUCGCCUGUCGAAGCAGAUGCGGGACGCCCAACGCCACUUUGCCGCCGUGCCGUCGCUCGCCGCACUCGGCGCCGUCGCGCACCUCGCGCGAGCGCUCGACGACUCGUGGGCCCGCCUCGCUCGCGAUGAGCCGGGUCCUCGAGGCGCCGCCAAGGCCGACCGCUCGGGCGCGAUCGGCGCGCUCGUCCACCUCCUCGUCAAGGUGCCCGACGCGCCGUCGCCGCUCCUCUUCAAGCGUGGCUCAACAAGGCGCCGACAUGCACGGGCGCACGUUACGGCGGCGAGGAUGGCGCGAGAGGCGCUGCGGCGAGUGCUCGAGGACGUCGUCGGGCGAGAAAUCGUCCUAGACUCGUCGUCGUCGGCGGCGGCGGCGUCGACGACGCUCGUGACGUCGCUCGGCGCAGCGCUGUCGGUCGACGCGGCGCGGCGCGCGCUCGCCCUCGGCCUGUUCGACCUCAACGCGCUCCUCGCGUACGCGCUGCACCGCCUCGAGUCGCCCGAGGUCGCGCUCGCCGUCCUCGAGCGCAUGCACGAGCUCGGGCUCAAGCCGAGCGCGGCGACCGAGAACGUCCUGUUCGGCGCGUUCGACGGCGGCGAGGAGCGCGGCGUCGAGCGGGCGUUGAGGCGGGCGCAGGAGCACGACGAGCGAGGGAGUGGGUCCGAGCGCACGGCGCCGACGCUCAUCAGCCACGUCGCGCGCACGGCGUCGAACGACGAGAUCGAGCGGCUCGUGUUCCGCUUCCUGCCCGAGCUCGACCUGACGGCCAACGCCGUCUCGUCGUCGUCCCCGUCCGCGAGCGACGCCACCUCGCGCCUCCUCUCGGCGCACCGCGACGGCGCGUCUCGCGCUCCUCCUUCGACCGGCCGCUCGCCGUACCUCUACACGACGCUCCUGCACGCGCUCGCCUGCGCCGGGCGCACCGGCCUCGCCGAGCGCGUCUUCCGCAACGCGCGGUGGGCCGCCGAGCUGUCGCGCACCGACGGCCGCAAAGGGUGGGUGGUCCCGCCGCACGCGUUCACGAGCAUGCUGUGGCUGUACGCCGCCGAGGUCAAGCGCGGGAGGGCGCUCGAGCGGCGCGCCGAGGAGGGCGACGAGCGGGGAGGAGCGUACGUCCGAGGCUGGGGGCGGCACGCCCUGCGCGUCUUCCUCCUGCGCGAGUCGCGCGCGCACCUCGCCGCACAGCUCGGGCCCUCGUCGUCGUCGAGCUCGUUCUCGUCGACGCCGUCGUCCCUCUCGCUCUCGGCCUCGUCGAGCGGCGGCGCGCGCCCGCGGCGGCACGACCCGUUCCGCGCGCUGCCGACGCGCGUCCUGCGCUCCGAGGCGGCGCCGCUCGUCGCCAUCUACGAGCUCGAGGGCGGGAGCCGCGCCGACGAGGAGCGCGCGAGCUUGGCCGAGGCCAUGCGCGCGCCCCACAGCCGCGAGGCGCUCCGGGUCUUGUUCCCCGAGCAGGACGAAGAGGCGGCGCGGCGGCGAGCAGAGGAGGAGGGGGACGGCGAGGGGCAGGACGGACGAGCGAGGAGAUUGAGCGAGAUGGGGCAGCAGAGCUGGAGGAGGGGCGAGCGGGCGACGAUGAGGCGCAGGCCGCAGUGGGGCCGGCCGCCGCCGAGGGAGGCUCGUGCGCAGGCAGGACGGGAGGACGAGUAGCUCUCGCUCUCUCGUACAACGUGCCUCGCAGCAGCGUC